GAACACAUGAGAAAUGUACCAUCAACCAUAGCCUUCUAGAAGCAAUCAGCGCAUGAAGCCGUAAUGGGCGAAAAGAAGUGAUUACAAGCUGACGGAUUGUGAAAGUGGAAGUUUCAAUUUAUGUGUUUAUUGUAAUAUUUCUUUAUCUCUAAAGUUCUAAUAAAAUGACGUAAAUAUUUUUUAAACGAUGGUUGAUGUUUUAUUUCUAUUUUCAAAUAUAUUAUUGAGGACACUGCCAUAGUAUUAUUUAAAAUAAGAAAUGUCUUAUCCUGGUCAACCUCCAAUGGGAAUACCAGGCAUGCCACCAAUGCCUUACAUGGUUGGCGCACCUCCACCAAUUAUUGGUGGUGUAAUGCCUAUGGCACAUAUGAUUCCAACACCCGUAUCUGCGAUGCAGACCUCAGCUCCAGCUGUGCGGUAUGCACGUAACCAAAACCGUCAUGACAAUAAUCGUCGUCGUGAAAGAGAAUCUGGUCCACCAGUUACUGUAUUUAUUGGUAACAUUAUGGAAAGAGCACCUGAUGUGAUGAUUCGACAUAUUCUGGGUGCAUGUGGUCAUGUUCUUUCAUGGAAGAGAGUUCAAGCUUUUGGAUUUUGCGAAUAUGCAGGUCCUGAUGCAGGUCUUAGAGCAGUUAGAUUACUUCAUGAUAUGGAAAUAGGUACAAAGAAACUUGUUGUCAAAGUUGAUGCAAAAGCUAAAGUUGUUUUGGAUCAAUUUAAAGCGGAAAGAAGAAAAAAAUUAAGAGGAGGUCAGUCACCUUUACAAGAUGAAACAUCAAUUGAAGGAACAGAAGGAGAAGAAGGUGAAGAUUACAUGGAUGAGGGUAUGAGAGUAGUGGAUGCAGAUGCACUAGCACGUAUUAAUCAAAUUAUAGCUGAACAUGCUGCUGAUCUAGAAAUGGCUCAAACCGCUCCUGAAGAACAUCAAACAAAAAUGGUUGCAAAAUCUUUAAACUUGGAUGAUGCAGAAAUAGAAGAAAGUAAAAGAGACUUGAUUACCCGAGAAAUUGGAAAAUUCAGGGAAGUUAUGAAGAAGCAGGAAGAGGAAAAGGCUCAAGUAAAACGGAAGAAAGAAGCUGUUGAAAAAGAAGAACGAGAAAAACGGGAAAAAGAGCGACGAGAUAGGCGAGAUGGCAGUAGUACUAAAGACGACCAGGAUGGUGAUCUUGGUAGUCCUACAUCUCAUAAGGGUCGUAGUAGUAGUACUGGAAGUAGUAGAAGAGAUAAACGACGGUCUAAAUCUAGAUCUAAGGAACGAGACAGGGAUCGUCAGAGAAGUGAUAGAGAGCGUGAUAGAGAUAGAGAUAGAGAAAGAGAUAGAGAACGAGAACGAGAAAGAGAUCGUGAUCGUGAAAGAGAACGUGAGCGUGAACGUGAAAGAGACAGAGAAAGGGAAAGAGACAGAGAACGUGAAAGAGAACGUGAAAGAGAAGAAGCGAGGAAAACUGAAAGAGAAAUUAUGCGUGAAAGAGAGGAAGAAGAAGAGGCGAAGGAAAGGAAAAAAAACGAAAGAAGAGCAAGAGAAAAAGAAGCAGCUUAUCAAGAACGUUUGAGAGCAUGGGAAACACGGGAACGUCGUAAACAAAAAGAAUAUGAAAAAGAAGCGGAAAAACGUCGAGCAAAACGGGAAGCACGAGAAAGAGAAGCAAAACGAUUGAAAGAAUUUCUGGAAGACUAUGAUGAUGAAAGAGACGAUGCUAAAUAUUACAAAGGUAAAGAACUUUCACGUCGUUUGGAAGAGAGAGCACUUGAAGCUGAAGCCGAUUCACGAGAUCGUUGCGCCGAGCGCCAAGAACUUCAACGUCUUCGCGAUAAACUUUAUGCUGAUGCUUCUCAUCCAGAUCCAGCAGCUGAAUUUGAAAGGUUGAAAGCUGAAAGGGAGGAACAAUAUAAGCCUAAACCGGUUAUUACAAUAAUUGAUGAAGAAGAUGAAAAAGUAGUGAAAAAAGAAAAGGAAGUUAUGCCACCUAUAGAAACUGAACCAAUUGAAAGUGAUAGUGACGAAUGUGUGCAAUUUGAUGAUGCUUCCCAAUCAGAAGUACCAUCUAGAACACCACCUAGACAUCAUCAUCAUCAUCGAAGACAUCAUCGUCAUCAUCAAAAUCAUCAUCGUGAUGGGGAAGAAAACGAAGAAGUUGUAGAAACGGAUAGAGAGAGUGUAAAGGGUACGAGAUCGUCACCUUCGCAUCAAACAGUAACAACACCAGUUCAAUCCAUUCCACCCACGUUAGACGAAGAUUCACGUAUGUCUCUUGUUAGUGAACCAGAAAAAACGGGUAGUAGUAAUUUUAUACCAUUUGCCAUGGGAAGCGGAGGAAAUCGUGGUGGUGAUCAUGGAAUUGGUAAUAAAACUCCUGCUAGUCCAAGUACAGCUGUUAAUGUUAGUUCACAACAAAUAAAUCAGAAUAAAAAGAAAGGUCGAAUUGACGUUAAAGAUGUAUUUAAUAAUGACGAUGAUGAUGAUGGUGCUAAUAAUGCAAAGAAACGUAAACUAGUUCCUUUAGAUUACGGCGAAGAAAAAAAGAAAAAAUCUAAUGAAGAAGCUCCUAAAGCUGGAAAAGAAGAAAGUACAAAAAGUCAAGAAGAGAAACGAAAACACAUAAAAUCCCUUAUUGAUAAAAUACCUACAGAUAAAAAUGCUUUAUUUGGAUAUCAACUUGAUUGGGCAGUAAUAGAUAAUACAUUAAUGGAAAAAAGGAUAAGGCCGUGGAUUAAUAAAAAAAUUAUUGAAUAUAUUGGAGAACCUGAACCUACAUUAGUAGAUUUUAUUUGUAGUAAAGUAAUGGCUGGCAGUUCUCCUCAGGGCAUACUUGAUGAUGUACAGAUGGUAUUGGAUGAAGAAGCAGAAGUUUUUGUAGUGAAAAUGUGGAGGUUAUUAAUUUACGAAGUUGAAGCUAAAAAAAUGGGCUUAGUUAAAUAAAUGAAAUAUCAAUUAAAGUACUAAACUCGACUUGAAAAUUUAUACUACACAUCAAACUCCUUUGGUUAAAAUGUACUAUUUAGAUUAUAUAUCCUAAUAUACAAUUACUUAUGUAUAAUUUGUAGGAUUUUUCGCUAGAUGAAAAACAAGGUGUUGCUGAUUGAUAGGUAAACUAAAUGUGUAGCAAUUGAAAUGUUAAAUACAAAUUGUAAUUACGAUUUAUAAUA